AUGGACAAUUCCCGUUCAUGGAUUUACUACCUAGUCAUAGUCGUUGUGAUCAUCGUGAUCAUCGCCUUGAUUUGGUAUUUCGCGGCUAACGGUUCAAACAGCAGCGGCGGCGGUGGCAACAGCAGCAAAGGCAACGGCAACGGCGGCGGCAGCAAUACCAGCAGCGGCGGAACCGGAACCGCUAACGGUGGUACAGCCUCCAGCAGUCGUCCGCAAACCACCUUGAUGGGCAAAGCGUUGACAAUGUUUGGAUUGGGUACAAACGAGCCGAGCAACAGCGGCAGCGGACAUUGCAACAGUCCGCAACAACAAGCAAAGCCAGCGGCUGCGGCUUCCACGUCAACGACGGCACAACCAACCGCAGCUUCUUCCUCUGCGGCGGCACCCGCGACAGCAGCUCCAGCCGCCGCCAACCCUGCGAAAAAAGACGAAGUAGCAGCUGGUAACGGUAACAGCUCCGCCAAAGCUUAA